AUGAAAUAUCGAUACAAGCCUCUGGCUGUAGCAAAUAUUUUGACCAAUGGACGCAGUAAACCUGAGGAGGGUGCCUGGAUUAGUCAUGAGAUAGAGGAGGGUGCCUGGAUUAGUCAUGAGAUAGAGGAGGGUGCCUGGAUUAGUCAUGAGAUAGAGGAGGGUGUCUGGAUUAGUCAUGAGAUAGAGGAGGGUGCCUGGAUUAGUCAUGAGAUAGAGGAGGGUGUCUGGAUUAGUCAUGAGAUAGAGGAGGGUGCCUGGAUUAGUCAUGAGAUAGAGGAGGGUGCCUGGAUUAGUCAUGAGAUAGAGAAGGGUGCCUGGAUUAGUCAUGAGAUAGAGGAGGGUGCCUGGAUUAGUCAUGAGAUAGAGGAGGGUGCCUGGAUUAGUCAUGAGAUAGAGGAGGGUGCCUGGAUUAGUCAUGAGAUAGAGGAGGGUGCCUGGAUAGGUCAUGGUUUGUAA